UCCCGGUAGUUUCCUCCCCCUCAACCCCGGCUGUUAGUGCUGUGUGAGUGCGUGUGUGCUCUGAGCUAGCUCGGCACACAUUCUAUAAAAAACAAAAAUACAAAAAAAAAUUCAAAACAUAAAAAAACAAAAAAUUAUUUUUCCUUUUUGUAACAAGUCAGUGAAGCUGGAGUAGACAUCCGAGGACUGGACGGUAACGUACAAGGGCUCCCUAACGAAAAAAUUUCAGUCGACGUGUUACCGUUACUGGUUAAAAAGCGAGGCCAAAUAACGUUGCAUUUGCUUUUAUCGCUGUGUCAGAUUUGAAAGACAAUUUUAAUCCCACUAGAAGUCGACAUAAUUGAAUGUUAUUUUAAUUAACUCAUCUUAUAGUUUUUACUCGAUAACACCGCCGCUGACAAGCCAACUGCUAAGGUUUAAAAUCAGCAUUCUGCCCCAAACUGAGGUGACGCCCGUGACCGUUGAACAAGCAAGCAUUCGUACUGUCGCCGAAAACUUUUCGCCGAGCUUCGUCCAAGUACUUUGAUAGCCUACACAUCCAAAGAAGAUGAACCCUAGUGCCCCUAGCUACCCCAUGGCCUCCUUGUACGUUGGGGAUCUGCAUCAAGAUGUGACCGAGGCCAUGCUGUACGAGAAAUUCAGUCCAGCCGGAGCCAUCCUGUCCAUAAGGGUCUGUAGAGACAUGAUCACCCGGCGUUCCCUUGGAUACGCCUAUGUAAACUUCCAACAGCCAGCAGACGCUGAGCGUGCACUGGACACCAUGAACUUUGAUGUAAUCAAGGGGCGACCUGUGCGCAUCAUGUGGUCGCAGCGUGAUCCAUCACUGAGAAAGAGCGGUGUGGGAAACAUAUUCAUCAAGAACCUUGACAAGUCCAUCGACAACAAAGCUCUAUAUGAUACCUUCUCUGCUUUUGGCAACAUCCUGUCAUGCAAGGUGGUUUGUGACGAGAAUGGCUCUAAAGGCUAUGGCUUUGUGCAUUUUGAGACUCAAGAGGCAGCCGAACGAGCCAUUGAGAAAAUGAAUGGCAUGCUGCUCAAUGACCGCAAAGUAUUUGUGGGUCGCUUCAAAUCUCGCAAAGAGCGCGAGGCUGAACUGGGUGCCCGAGCCAAGGAGUUUACAAAUGUCUACAUUAAAAACUUUGGCGAUGACAUGGAUGAUGAGAAGCUGAGGGAACUCUUCAGUAAAUAUGGAAAUGCCAUGAGCAUCCGUGUUAUGACAGAUGACAGUGGAAAAUCUCGAGGCUUUGGGUUUGUCAGCUUUGAAAGGCAUGAGGACGCCCAGAAAGCAGUAGAUGAGAUGAAUGGGAAGGAGCUGAACGGCAAGCUGAUAUAUGUCGGCCGUGCGCAGAAGAAGGUAGAGCGACAGACGGAGCUGAAGCGCAAAUUUGAGCAAAUGAAACAAGAUCGCAUAACUCGCUACCAGGGUGUCAACUUGUAUGUGAAGAACCUAGAUGAUGGAAUUGAUGAUGAACGCCUGAGAAAGGAGUUCUCACCGUUCGGCACCAUAACCAGUGCCAAGGUGAUGAUGGAAGCUGGGCGCAGCAAAGGCUUUGGCUUCGUUUGCUUCUCGUCCCCAGAGGAGGCCACCAAAGCAGUGACAGAAAUGAAUGGACGCAUUGUAGCCACCAAGCCACUGUAUGUGGCCCUGGCCCAGCGGAAAGAGGAGCGUCAAGCCCACCUGACCAACCAGUAUAUGCAACGCAUGGCCAGUGUGCGUGCAGUGCCAAACCCAGUCAUCAAUCCCUACCAGCCAGCCCCGCCUUCUGGCUACUUCAUGGCAGCCAUACCUCAGGCUCAGAACCGCGCUGCUUACUACCCAACUGCUGGCCAGAUGGCCCAGCUCCGCCCAAGCCCACGCUGGACCACCCAGGGUGUCCGGCCACAGCAUUUCCAGAACAUGCCAGGUACCAUGCGUCCCUCAGCACCACGCCCUCAGACCUUCAGUACCAUACGGCCCACCUCCCAGGUGCCUCGCAUGAUGUCCACCCAGCGUGUUGCCGCUCAGACCAUGGGACCCCGACCGGCCACAGCUGCUGCAGCGGCCGGCCCCCCCCUGCGGGGGUAUGCGGCAGGAGUCCGCAAUCCCCAGCAGCACAUGACUGCUCAGCCACAAGUCACCAUGCAGCAGCCUGCUGUCCAUGUCCAGGGACAGGAGCCUCUGACUGCCUCCAUGCUGGCUGCUGCUCCACCACAGGAACAGAAGCAGAUGCUGGGUGAGCGUCUGUUUCCACUGAUCCAGAAUAUGCAUCCAAGCCUGGCAGGGAAAAUCACUGGCAUGCUGCUGGAGAUUGACAACUCAGAGCUGCUCCACAUGCUGGAAUCUCCAGAGUCUCUCCGCUCAAAGGUGGAUGAGGCGGUGGCGGUGCUUCAGGCCCACCAGGCCAAGGAGGCCGCCCAGAAGACUGUGACAAACUCAGUUGGUGUUCCAAGCGUCUGAACCCAAGGAGUGGGGAACCUUGUGACUAGCUUCACUGAUGGAGGAGAAGAAGUGAACAGUGGAAAAAGU